AUGACGGUUCCCGAGAUCAAGGGCCUCUCCGGCCAUAAUGCUUCAGCUCAAGAGGGUGUAACUCCUAACCCUGAUCCUGCUCUUGAUUUCGCAAACGAGCACCAUCAUGCGCAUCUGCAUCAUGGCGGAUUGGCCGCAAAUCCCGUCAACCAUCCCGACGAGGUUGUUUAUUCAACUGCCUCGCCGCAAAAGAGCCUGGAUAAGCCGCAUGACUAUUCUACCGCUGAGAAGUCUGUAACCGAUCAGGAAAGUGGAAAUGUUGGUCACAUCGGGGGCGACGAGAGUGAAAAGCGUCCGAACUUCAUUGCGCGCUUCUACCGAAGAUACAGGCCUUUUGUCCACCUCUUCAUAUGGCUCGUAUUCACCGCAUGGUGGAUUUUCGGUCUUGUUCGCUACCGACACGAGAAGAACUGGCUGAUCCCGUUCCUGCUGUAUCUGGCCAUCACCCUUCGCAUCAUCUUCCUCUGGAUCCCGGUUAAAUAUGUCAUGAUGCCCGUCAAAUUCGUCUGGCGGCAUACUGCUUUCAGGGUUUAUGAGUUGAUUCCGAAGAAGCUUCAUCGACCGCUCGCGGCUUUGGUCACUAUCGCGGUCUUCUUGAUUGGUUCUAUGGUGCCCAAGGAGGAAGGCGAAAACACCCGUGCCCGCCGAGCGCAGUCUUUGUUCGGACUUGUUAUCAUGAUUUUCGUCUUGACGAUAACUUCAAGGAACUGGAGGAAGAUUCCUUGGCACACUGUCAUCGGCGGAAUGUUGACCCAGUUCGUUGUCGCCGUCUUCGUCUUGCGCACACAGGCCGGUUACGAUAUUUUCAACUUCAUCUCUACGUUGGCUCGUCUCCUGCUAGGUUUCGCCGACCAGGGUGUUAUUUUCCUAACAGACGAGUCGGUGCCCGCCCUAGGUUGGUUCUUCACAGGUGUCAUCCCGCCCAUUAUCUUCUUCGUGGCUCUCGUAGCGCUCUGCUACCAUGUCGGCCUUAUCCAGUGGUUCGUCUCGAAGUUCGCCGUAUUCUUCUUCUGGACUCUGCGCGUCUCGGGCGCUGAAGCCGUGGUUGCUUCUGCGACGCCAUUCAUCGGACAGGGAGAAUCGGCUAUGUUGGUGCGUCCUUUCGUGCCGCACAUGACUCUAGCCGAAAUCCAUCAGGUUAUGACGUGCGGUUUUGCUACCAUCGCUGGUUCCGUGCUCGUGGCAUAUAUCGGACUCGGAAUCAACCCACAGGCGCUCGUCUCUUCUUGUAUUAUGUCCAUUCCUGCAUCCUUGGCCGUGUCAAAAAUGCGUUAUCCGGAGACGGAGGAGACUCUCACUUCCGGUCGUGUUGUCGUCCCAGAUGAUGAAGAGCACAGAGCUGCGAAUGCUCUCCAUGCUUUCGCCAAUGGCGCUUGGCUUGGCUUAAAGAUUGCAGGCAUGAUUGUGGCUACUCUUCUCUGCAUCAUCGCUUUCGUCGCCCUCAUCAAUGGCCUCCUUACCUGGUGGGGUGGCUACUGGGGUAUUUCGAACCCGGACUUAACCAUUCAGUUCAUCCUCGGCUACUGCUUCUACCCUCUUUCAUGGUUGCUCGGCGUGCCUAACGACGACCUGUUGCCCGUCGGAGAACUCAUUGGACAGAAGAUCAUCAUCAACGAAUUCGCCGCGUUCGGUGCCCUCCAGUCCGACGAUCGCUACAAGUCGAUGACCGCGCGAGCCAAGCUUAUUGCUACCUAUGCCUGCUGCGGUUUUGGAAACGUCGGUUCCCUCGGUACUCAAAUCGGUGUCUUGUCGCAGAUCGCCCCUGGUCGUAGCGGUGAUGUUUCCAAGGUUGCCAUCUCGGCCUUGAUUUCAGGUAUCAUCUCGACUCUCACAUCUGCCAGCGUCGCUGGUAUGCUAUAUACGGACUCUAUAGGGUCCGCUAAUUACUCGUGA